AUGGCGGAGGUUGACAUUGCUCCCCAAUUCGGCCUUGAGUUGAAGGAUGGAUUCAAAUCGGCAAAUGCUUGGGUAACCAACGGUAUCAACUGGAUAGGCAGCGACAUAGAAGGAUUCUAUCGCGAAAGGAGCGUCAUUGAGAAGGAAUACAGCGCAAAGCUUGCGGCUUUAGCUAAGAAGUAUUAUGAGAAGAAGACGAAGAAGUCGAGCAGUUUAAGUGUCGGCGACACACCUGUUAUGACCCCUGGGUCACUAGAGAGUGCAUCACUAACAACAUGGACUACACAACUCACCACUCUCGAAUCUCGCGCAGCGGAACACGAUCGCUUUGGAGGGGAAUUGAUAACGCAAGUGGCAGAACCACUGAAGGUACUUGGAGGACGUUACGACGAGAUAAGGAAACGCCACGUUGAAUAUGCGGAUAAAUUGGAAAAGGAGAGAGAUGCUACGUAUGCGGAUCUUCGCAAGAUGAAAGGGAAAUAUGAUGCUGCAUGUCAGGAAGUCGAAAACAAACGUAAGAAGGCGGAAUCUUCAUUUGAUUAUUCAAAGACAAAAGCACAAAACGCAUACCAACAACAGAUCCUCGAGAUGCACAACGUUAAGAACAGCUACUUGAUCGCCAUAAAUGUGACGAAUAAACAAAAGGAGAAAUACUAUCAUGAGUAUAUUCCGGAUCUUCUCGACAGCUUACAAGACCUUUACGAAUCGCGCACAAUUAAACUCAAUGCUAUAUGGUCGCUAGCGGCGCAAUUAGAAAAGGGGAUGCUGGAACGUAGCACAGAGUUUGUCAAUCACGUAUUGGUUGAGAUUCCAAGAAAUCAGCCUUCUUUAGAUUGCAUGAUGUUUGUCAGACAUAACGUAGGAACUUGGCAAGAGCCUCCGGAUAAGCCAUUUGAACCAAGUCCUGUGUGGCACGACGAUGAUGCGAUGAUGGUGGGAGAUACUGCUAAGGUCUUUCUUCGAAACGUUCUUAGUAAAUCUAAAAAUCAACUUGGGGAUUUGAGAAGAGAAGUGGAUUUGAAACGACGAGAAGUUGAGAGCACGAAACGUGUAAAGCAGCAAAUCAGAGAGGGUAAAGAUAAGAGGGACGAAGUUGAAGUUGUUAGAGCCAUUUUUGCUUUACAAGAAGAACUACAUCAGGUUGAUCACAAGAGGCUGACUGCAGAGGUUGAAACAUCAACAAUUACGGAAGCUGUGGGAGAUGUUACGUUAGGCUCGAAGAGUCACAACUUCAAAUCUCAAACCUUCAAAAUACCCACUAACUGCGAUUUGUGCGGUGAACGUAUUUGGGGACUUUCAGCGAAGGGUUUUGAUUGUAGAGAUUGUGGUUAUACGUGUCACAGCAAAUGUGAGAUGAAGGUUCCAGCUGAGUGUCCAGGAGAGCAGACCAAAGACGAGAAGAAGAAACUGAAAGCAGAACGUCAAGAAGCGGCCAAUGCGGUUAAAGCUCCAGGUACAGGUCUUGCAGAUAGUGUUGCGGAACUUCCAACCAUGAGUCGAUCUAAUACUAUGAAUUCGUUAAGUUCAGGUUAUGCUGCUAGUGCACAUAGAUCCAUCUCGGCAAAAUCUCCAACCGAGGAAUCACCCCCAGAUGCGGCGAUUGAUCGAAGGAGAAGCAUUUCUUCGAGUCUUAAGCCCGGCGGACUUUUGAAGAAAAACAGAGUUGUGGCUCCUCCUCCGACAGCAUAUGUUAGCGAAUUACCAGGUAGCAGUGUAGCUGAUGGAUCGGCAUCAAAAGAACCGAGAGGGAAAAUGUUAUAUGCGUAUGACGCUAAUGGUGCCGAAGAAGUCACAGUUAGCGAAGGCGAAGAAAUUACAAUACUGGAACCAGAUGAUGGCGGCUGGACCAAAAUCAAGCAUGGCUCCAAGGAAGGUCUAGUCCCUACCGCCUACCUCGAAGUUCUACCUCCUUCUUCCCCUCCAAACACUACAAAUAGACCCGUGUCUAUAAUCUCUAACUCUGGUUCCUCCAUCUCCACUGGUAAAAAACAGGGCCCAGUUGUGGCACCAAAAAGAGGAGCCAAAAAGUUGAAAUAUGUAGAAGCGCUUUAUGAGUAUACGGCGCGGACUGAUGCGGAACAUAAUAUGGUGGAAGGCGAGCGCUUUGUUCUUAUUAAGGAUGAUCCUGGAGAUGGAUGGAUGGAGGUUGAGAAAGGGGGGCAUAUCAAGAGUGUACCGGCAAAUUAUGUACAGAUUGUUUAG